AUGAAACUAGUCCGCUUCUUGAUGAAACUCAAUAAUGAAACAGUCCAAAUCGAAUUGAAAAACCAAACAAUAAUCCAAGGUACCAUAAUAUCUGUAUCUCCAAAUAUGAAUAUCAUCUUAAAGAAAAUUAAAAUGGUUAUUAAAAACAGAGAUCCUCAACUAUUAGACUAUAUAAACAUCAGAGGGAAUAUGAUUAGGGAUGUCAUAUUACCAGAUUCUUUAAAUUUGGAUUUAUUGUUAACUGAGAGUAAUUUAACCACAUCAUCUUCUUCAAGUAAAAAGAGAAAAGUUGAGGAUUCAAAUAGAGGUGGUGUUAAAAGAGUUAAAAGAGGGCUAUAG